AUCGAGCCAUCCCCACCAGGUGGCACAACCAUAUUGCAUGCCCGCUCAACACAAGGCGUAUGCUCCUAUGACUCAGCCACGACCAACAACAUAAGCGCUCGCUCGGGAUGCCGACUGUCAACAGGCCAGCGCCCGCUCAAGGGCCCGCGAAGGCCACCUCUAAGUACUCAAACAAGGACGGCACAAAGUACAUCUCUGUCCCGAAAGCUACAGCUUCGACCGCAGCCGCCCAGCCCUCACCUACGACAACAACAUCUUCGUCCAGGGACGCCGACUCAUCUGCCCGUCCCGAUGCACUCGACGACGCACCGGCACCUACGGUUAAUCGCAAGAAGCAGAAACGACGGGCAAAGGCAGCUGCGAAAGCAGCUGCGGAGCAAGCUGGCAGCACGACGGGUGGUGCGAUCCCGCCAACAAACCAAGCGAACGGAUCGUCAAGACAUGAUGAAACUCCAGGCGCUCGACCCUCUGCAAACGGCCAGCAGAUGUCUAAUGCUUCGCAGCCCACAAUCGCCAGCGAUCAAUGGGGGGACGAGACAGAGAGUGAGGACGACUCUCGUCCUUAUGGCCAGGACACACAAUCGGCUGGGCUCAACGCGAAAUCGAAGAAGUCACGGAAGAAAAAGAAGAACAAGAGUGCCGAACAGCCGCGAGAACCAUCCCCGGCACCAAUAUCGUCUGGCAUAUCACGGGAGAAGAUAUGGAAUACGUCUGGCCCUGAGGAGCGGGAGCGAAUAAAGCAGUUCUGGCUGGGCUUGGGCGAAGACGAGCGGAAGUCUCUCGUCAAGGUUGAGAAAGACGCGGUGCUCAAAAAGAUGAAAGAGCAGCAGAAACAUACGUGUAGCUGCUCUGUCUGCGGCCGAAAGCGCACGGCGAUCGAAGAGGAACUCGAAGGACUAUACGAUGCGUACUAUGAAGAGCUCGAGUCUUUCGCGAACCAGCCACACAAUCAUACCAACGGGCCAUCAAUGUUUGGGGGACCAAAACGUUUUGGACCGCUGACAGGUUUGCAUCCUCCGGGAGCUCUGCCGACGAGAUAUUCGAAUCACCACCCGUCACGAGGCCGUAUUGUGGAACAUGUCGAUAACGAUGAGGAGGAUGAGGAAGAUGACGAGGACGAGGUAUACAGUGAGGAAGAGGAGGACGAUCUCGACGAUGAAGACGACGAGGACGAGCCCGAAGAAAUCCCACGCAACGCCUACCAAAAUGAGUUCUUCACCUUUGGUCAAAGUCUAACUGUAAAGGGCGGUAUCCUCACGGUAGCCGACGACCUCCUGAAAAACGAUGGCAAAAAGUUUAUCGAAAUGAUGGAGCAACUGGCUGAGCGGAGGAUGGCACGAGAAGAAGACGCCAAGGACCAUUACGGAGGUUAUGGUCAUGGAGUCAAUGGGAGCAAUCUGCCGCCACCUCACAACCAUCCACCACCUGACGAGGAAGAGUACGAUGAAGACGAGGAAGAGCCCGACGACGAUUAUGCCAGUCAAGACUAUGACGACGAGGAUGAGGAAGAGGACACAAUGACGGAAGAACAGCGUAUGGAGGAGGGACGGCGGAUGUUUCAGAUCUUCGCCGCGCGCAUGUUCGAGCAGAGAGUCUUGACUGCAUAUCGUGAGAAGGUUGCGAAGGAACGCCAGGAGAAGCUUCUCGAAGAACUCGCGGCGGAAGACCUCAGAGAGAGCCAGAAGGCCGCCAAGAAGGCCAAGGAUGCCCAGAAACGCAAGGACAAGGCAGCCCAAAAGAAACAAGCCCAACUCGAGGAGAAAGCUCGCAAAGAGGCAGCGAAAGCUGCUGAAGAUGCCGCUCGACGAGCUGAGGAGGCGGAGAGGAUCGAAGAGGCCAAGCGUAAAGCUGAGGACAAGAGGAAGAAGAAAGAAGCACAGAAGAAGGCAGAAGAAGAAGACCGCCUGAGGAAGGAGGCCGAGCGCCAACGGCGAGCUAUCGAACAAAAAGAGCGACAAGCGGAACAGGAACGAAAAGCCCGCGAAGCCAAGGAACGCGAGAAGCAAGCCAAGGAGGAAAGGCAGCGCAAGGAGCAGGAGGCCAGGGAGCAGAAGGAGCGCGAGACUCGCGAACGCCGCGAGAAGCACGAAAGGGACAAGCGUGAGAAGGAGCAAAGAGCUGCACAAGCCAAAGCAGAGCGUGACGCCAAAGAGAAGCAGAAGCAGGAGGAUAAGGCCUCCCUCAAGACCUCUGGCUCAACUGCUCCCGCUGGGCCCGCUCAAGUUGCGAAGAAGCAGCUGCCUGUCUCGGUACCCGCAAUACCGCACCAUCCUUCUGCUACGAUCGUGUCACCACAGAUCCCCGUCGCUACUCCGGUACUGCCAAAAGCGCCAACCCCAGCAAAGCCGCGAACCACUUCUCAGGAAGUACCAAGCUCCAGCUUUCAGACGUCUCAGACUGGACUGGGUCAAGGCUUGACUUCUUCCCCAUCGCUCCCAUCAUCGAACAUGUCGACCCCGGGGCCGAGCGGCCCUUCGCGAAAGACACCACCCUCCGGAUCCGGCCUCGGCAGCCACCCGUCGCAGCAACGGACUAUGACGCCUCUAGGAAUCACAAGUCCGCCUGGACUCCCUCAGUCUCCAUAUAACAUGGGCAUGCCGCCUGCGGGGAUGCAAUUUCCACCUGGUAUUCCUCCUCUUGGCCCAGGUUUUGGCCAAGCCAUCUACCCUCCGAUACCUGGGGCUUUCCGGCCCGGAGGUCUCCCUCCGCCUGGGUUGGGAGGACAACUAGGUGGCCGGCCAUUCCCGAUGCCCCAGGCACCUCCAGGCUUCCAUCAGGUCGACCCCCUGGGAGGCAUCCACUCGGCCUUUGGGCCCCUAGAUGGACUUGGCCAGCCGCAGGCAUCCCCUCAUUCGCGGCAGGCAUCGUUGUCGUUUGAUUCUGGUGUACAUGAUGCCAAUAUCUCUACUCCCGUCCAACCCAUCGCACGCCCUGCGCCAAUUGGACGGCCAAGCGUGAGCAGCGGGCCUCGACGUCCAGAUGCCGACCCGGAGGACUUGAGUAACCACCUUGGCAGUAGUGCAUUGCUUGAUGACGACUUCGACGAGCCAUUCCAGCCAGGUUCUCUGAAGCGGGGAACGGCAGCUCCUGGCACCAGGCAGCCCUUUGUCGGCGGCCCUUUCAUGGACUCGGUGUUCGGCACAUCGCCAUUGACUGGCGGAUGGAACGGCCCACUCAAUAAUGCCUUCUCACCACCGCCAGGCUUCGGAAGCACUGCAUGGCCGCCCAGUGGGCCGGCUUUUGGAGGGCCUCCGCCGGGUAUUCGUCCAGCGCAGCCUCGCUCGAUCACCAUUCGGCAGAUUCUGGUACAGUCGUGCAAAGACCUGCAGAACCAUGCAGCGGACAGCCACGGCUGGAUCGACCUGUCAGCCAUCAAGGGCCACGUAGACUCGAUUGCUGCUGAGCCUGUGACGGAGGCCGAACUGCUUGACAUGUGCGAGACAGAAGGCAAUGCGCAAAAUGGCGGCGGCACUUUCGACAUCAAGCACGGAGACAAUAGCAAAGUCAGCAUCAAGUACGAUCCGGACAUGCCUACGGGGCCAAGCCCGUUUGCUCGCAACAUUGGCGCACCUGGCGAAAUUGGCAGCCCCAUCGUUGGACACGCUACUACCUUCGGCUCGCGGUUCUAGGAGACUGCCGGGUUUGAAAAGCCCAGAGUGAGGUCCACUUCGAAAAGCUCAGCGGCUUCUGCAGCUACCAAGACUGGACGAUUUGACUCUUC